CGGAGACUAUUGAAGUCUCCGUCACCAUCAAAUUUCUCUCCCCUCAAGAUGAAUCGAACAUCGCCUCCUCAAAAUUGGAGUUUCGAAAUACACAAAAAUGGCCAACCUCACACCAUUCUCCAAACUUGACAAAACCUUCGACAGAGCUUCUGAACUCAAAGCCUUCGACCAAACAAAGGCUGGCGUCAAAGGCCUUGUUGACUCCGGCGUUGCGGAGAUUCCAGGAAUAUUCUAUUGCCCACCCAAAGAAUGUUCAAGUUCCAUUCCGGAGGAGGAAACCCAUUUGAGUGUUCCGGUGGUGGAUCUUGAAGACAUCGAUAAAGACCCAUUCAAACGCAGACAAGUGGUGGACAAAAUCCGAGAAGCUUCAGAAACUGGGGGUUUUUUUCAAGUGAUUAACCAUGGAGUUCCGGUGAGUGUUCAGGAGGCGAUCAUAGAUGGGGUUCGUCGAUUUUUCGAACAGGACAGUGAAGUGAAGAAACAAUAUUAUACAAGAGACUACACUAAACCUUUCAUUUACAAUUGCAAUUUCGAUUUGUUUACCGCACCAGUGGCCAAUUGGAGGGAUACCAUCGUCACUUUCAUGGCCCCAAAUCCUCCUAACCCACAAGACUUGCCUCAAGUUUGCAGAGACAUCCUUCCUGAAUAUUCAAAACAAAUUAUGAAGCUUGGAGAAUUAAUAUUUGGUUUACUUUCGGAGGGUCUUGGUUUGAAAUCAACUCAUCUCUUAGACUUGGACUGUAACGAGGGACUUCGCGUAAUCUGCCACUAUUAUCCGUCAAGUCCUCAACCGGAACUCUGCAUCGGCACAACUGAACACUCUGAUGAUUCAUUCAUCACCGUGCUACUGCAGGACAAUAUGGGAGGCCUCCAAGUGCGUCAACAAAACAAAUGGGUGGAUGUUACACCAGUUCCUGGGGCCUUCGUUAUCAACGUCGGCAACUUAUUGCAGUUGAUAACAAAUGAUAGAUUUGUGAGUUCAGAGCAUAAAGUAUUGGCGAACCGUGAGGGCCCAAGAGUAUCUGUGGCAAGUUUCUUUAGCACCGGCCGUCUACCAACAUCUAAACUUUAUGGACCUAUCAAAGAAUUGUUGUCUGAACAAAAUCCUCCCAAAUACAAAGAAAUCACUGUUAGAGAGUACAAUAUCUACUUUAAUGAAAAAGGGUUGGAUGGCACUCCUGCUCUUCCACAUUUCAAGAUUUGAUUACAAAGAUGAUUGAAAAGUCAGUUACUAGGGGAAUCAUAGUAUAAUUUGUUGUGAGUUGUUAUGAGUUUGGCGUACAAAUUUCUUUUAUUUUAUGCUAUUAUCGGAUGGUCAGGGCUGUUGCUAAAUAAUAUGUUUUUCUCUUUUUCUGAAAGGUCCUAAUAGAUUGAGUCCUUCUCGGGAUUGUGCAAGAUUUGGUUGUUCCCCGACUUUUAAUAACCUAGAUUGCAGCUUGCGAGUGAUAGUACUAUAUAUAUAUAUAUAUGCAUACAAGUCAAAAGUUGGGCUAUUUUCGGUGUGUUGUUGUGUGGAGGAGAGUGUGGUUUUGAAGCUGAGUUUCUCCUUUACAACAUCUUUCUGAUAUGUCAUAUUGAACACUUGGUGAAUGUUUUGAUGCAGUAGAUCAGUGUGUGCGAAGAUCUAUACCAUUGGGGGGAGCCUAACUUGUUGAAAGAGUUUGUUUAGUAGUUUCUCACUCAAGAGUAUCGGUGACAUGCUUUUUCACCACUGCCUCUAUACCAACCUCCAAACUCUAUGAACCCAUCGAGCAGUUGUUAUCGAAACAAAAUCCUCCCGAAUACAGACAAAUCACAGUUAGAGAAUAUGUUCUUCACCAUGCUCAGAAAGGGUUGGAUGGAACUCAUGUUCUCACACAUUUUAGGCUUUGAUUUGCUUCACCUCGUCUUUGGUUCGCUGUUCCAAACCCCAACUUUUUAGUUUGUUAAGGUCAGUGUGUUGAAUAAUGUUUAUUAAAUCCGCCUUCCACUGAUUUAAUUAAGAAGGUUUGUUGUUUCUAAUAUUUUGUUAAACAUGGGUUUAUUAAAAUGUUAUUGUUUUGUUGUAAGGUUUGCUAUGUCUAGAGAUUAUUUGUUAAAUUGUUGUAUUGAAGUUUGAGUUUUUGUUAGUGUGACUUUUAAUUUAUUCCUGACCUAUAAUGUCAACUAUUGUAAUUUGUGUGUUUGGUUUAA